AUGCCGCCUGGGGCCCCUGUCGUCUCCAAGUGCCCGCUGCGCACGAUCAAGGAGAUCCAGUUCGGGCUGCUCUCACCCGAAGAGAUCAAGGCGAUGAGCGUCGUGCAUAUCCUGUACCCGGAGACCAUGGACGAAGACAAGCAGCAGGCUCGUGUCCAAGGCCUUAACGACAGCAGGCUCGGCAGCAUCGAUCGCAGCUUUGUAUGUGGCACAUGCCAGGAAGACAUGCAGACCUGCCCAGGGCACUUUGGCCACAUCGAGUUGGCCGUGCCUUGCUUCCAUGUUGGUUUUGUCGUGAAGAUCAAAAAGCUUCUCGAGACUGUGUGCCACAACUGUGGCCUCAUUCUGGCUGACUUCAACCACCCAGACUGGCCGUCAGCUACCAAAGUAAAAGACCCAAAGAAGCGCUUCGAUAUGAUAUGGCGAUUGUCCAAAACGCGCAAGUUCUGCGAUAAUGAAAUCCCCAAAGACAAGACGGCGGCACACCACGGUGGUUGCGGCAACAGAAUGCCCGACACCAUCAAGAAGGAAGGCAUGAACUUGUGGGCCACGUACAAGCCGCGGAAAGACGAGGAAGACCCCCCCAACAAAGACAACGAAAAGAAACUGAUCAAACCGCAAGAAGCGCAGAACAUCUUGAAGUCAAUGACGGAAAACACCAUGUCUCUGCUCGGCCUCAAUGUUGACUACGCCCGCCCGGAAUGGAUGGUUCUUACCGUGCUUCCUGUGCCCCCACCCCCGGUUCGCCCUAGCAUUUCAGUCGAUGGCACAGGCCAGGGUGCCCGUGGAGAGGACGAUCUGACCUACAAGUUGGGCGACAUCAUUCGCGCCAACAGCAACGUGAAAAAGGCACAUGCCGAAGGUGCUGCACAGCACGCGAUACAAGAGUAUGAGAAUCUCUUGCAAUAUCACAUUGCUACUUACAUGGACAACGACGCGAACGGUGUGCCCCAGGCAAUGCAAAAGUCCGGUCGUCCGCUCAAAACCAUUCGUGGCCGCUUAAAGGGCAAGGAAGGUCGUCUACGAGGCAAUCUCAUGGGCAAGCGCGUCGACUUCUCUGCCCGCACUGUCAUCACAGGCGACCCCAAUCUGUCAUUGGAUCAGGUUGGUGUGCCACGCUCAAUCGCUCGGACCUUGACAUACCCCGAAACCGUAACCAAGUUCAACAUCGGCAAGCUGUCGCAACUAGUGCGCAAUGGCCCCACGAACCACCCUGGAGCCAACUUCGUCAUCAAGUCCGACGGUGUACGUCUUGAUCUCAAGCAUAACAAGAACCUCAGCGAGUUACAACUGGCAUAUGGCUGGAAGGUUGAGCGCCACAUCAACGAUGACGAUGUCAUCAUUUUCAACCGGCAGCCGUCUCUACACAAGGAAUCUAUGAUGGGCCAUCGUGUGAAGGUUAUGCCGUAUUCGACGUUCCGUCUGAACCUGUCCGUCACGUCACCCUACAACGCUGAUUUCGAUGGUGACGAAAUGAACUUGCACGUGCCGCAGAGCGACGAAACACGCGCCGAGGUCAAGAAUCUGUGCAUGGUCCCGCUCCAGAUCGUCUCUCCCCAGGGAAACAAACCGCUCAUGGGUAUCGUGCAAGACACCCUGUGUGGUAUCUUCAAGAUGACUCACAUGGACGUUUUCCUUACUCGAGAACAAGUCAUGCCCCUCAUGAUGUGGGUGCCAGACUGGGAUGGUCUUCUUCCCCCACCUGCUAUUCUGAGGCCGAAACCUCGCUGGACCGGCAAACAGAUCAUCAGUUACGCCUUCAAGGAUGAUCUCAACCUCACACAGGGGAGUGAUUCUGCAGACGACAAGUUCAAUGAUUUCAGCGGCAAAUCUGUUGUCAUCCAUGGAGGCGAGAUCGUCAUGGGCCAAAUCGUCAAGAAGCAAGUCGGUGCUUCUCCCGGUGGUGUCGUUCACAUAGUAUACAAUGAGCACGGCCCACAAGCAGCAGUUGACUUCUUUAACGCUACGCAGCGCAUCGUGGCCUACUGGUUCCUACAUAACGGCUUCAGUAUUGGUGUUGGCGACGCUGUUCCUGACAAGGCUACCUCUGAUAAGAUCGUGGAAGCUGUCAAUAAGGCAAAGGCAGAAGUUGCAGAAGUCCUGAAACUUGCGACUACGGACAAACUAGAGCCCAACCCUGGUAUGACGCUGCGACAAACCUUCGAAGCCAAGGCGCAGAAGGCCCUCAAUGAGGGACGUGAGGCCGGUGGUACCGCAGCCAAGGACAACCUGAAGCCCUUCAACAACGUCGUCCAAACAGUCACUUCCGGAUCCAAAGGUUCGAACGUCAAUAUUGCCCAGAUGGUGUCACUUGUCGGUCAACAGGCAGUCGAAGGUAAUCGAAUUCCCUUUGGUUUCAAAUAUCGUACGCUCCCGCACUUCACGAAGGACGACUAUUCUCCAGAAUCGCGAGGAUUCAUCGAAAACUCCUACCUGCGUGGGCUUACCCCACAAGAGUUCUUCUUCCACGCUAUGGCUGGUCGUGAGGGUCUCAUCGACACUGCCGUCAAGACAGCAGAAACUGGUUACAUUCAGCGUCGUUUAGUCAAGGCGCUUGAAGACGUCAUGGUCAAGUACGAUGGCACUGUCCGUAACUCCAUGGGCGAUAUUGUCGAAUUCGUCUACGGCGAGGACGGUCUCGAUGGCGCAAAGGUCGAGAAGCAAACUAUCGAUACGGUCCCACUGUCCCGAAAGAAGUUCGAGGAUCAAUACAAGAUGGAUGUAAUGAGCGACAGGCCACCUAUCUCUGCCGAUGUCUUGGAAGUUGCCAACGAAAUCCAAGGCGACACUGAGGUCGGUCGAUACUUUGACGAGGAAUUUGCUGCGCUUGAAGAGGAUCGUGCAUUCUUGCGACAAGGAAUGAAGACCGACAAGAAGGAGGUUUACCUGCCUCUUCACAUCAGCCGCAUUAUCGAGAACGCGAAGACUCGAUUCGCGAUCAAGAACUCCCAACGGAGCGACCUACACCCAAUAGAUGUUAUCCAGGGUGUCCGCGAAUUGCUCGACAAACUCAUCGUUAUUCGCGGUGACGAUCCUCUCACUCUAGAGGCGCAGAAGAGCGCUACCAUGCUCUUCAAAUGUCUCCUGCGGUCUCGUCUGGCCUUCAAGCGCCUGGUGACAGUAGAUCACUUGAACAAGCUGGCCUUUAACCACGUGAUCGGCGAAAUCGCAGACCGCUUCCUCAGGGCUGCUGUUCACCCUGGAGAAAUGGUAGGUGUGAUUGCAGCUCAAUCUAUCGGAGAACCCGCAACCCAGAUGACAUUGAACACAUUCCAUUUCGCUGGUGUGUCUUCGAAGAACGUGACCCUCGGUGUACCUCGUCUCAAGGAAAUUCUCAACAUUGCCGCAAAUAUUAAGACACCCAGUAUGUUGAUCAAACAGAAUCACCCGGAGCAUUCGCAACAAACGGCGAAGGAGCUCCGAAGCCGGAUCGAACACACCACCCUUCGAUCAUUGACGCACUCGGUCGAGCUGUACUAUGAUCCCGAUCCGAGGACCACGUUGAUCGAAGCUGAUGAGAGCAUGGUCGAUAUGCAUUAUGGGAUCGAAGUCGACGAGGAUGUCUCGAAUCUGUCCAAGUGGCUGCUUCGUAUCACUCUGGAACGGAAGCACCUCCUGGACAAGAACCUACAGAUAACAGAAGUGUCUAGAAGGAUUCUUGAAGAGUUCGCUCCUAAUAUUAGCGUCAUAAACGCCGAUCCGAACGACGACGACCAGGUGAUACGUGUACGCUUCAAGUGGGAUCAGCAUCUCCGGAAAGACGAGGAUGAUGAAGAAGAUCGUGAUGAACGUUGGAUGCGCAAGCUCGCCGUUCAUCUGCUGGAUGAUGUGACUCUGCGCGGAGUAAAGGGCGUUGAACGUGCUUUCAUCCGUACUGAGCAGAAGGUUUUCGAACAAGAAGAUGAGUCUUUGAUUCUCAAGAAGGACGAUGAGCGUUGCAUGGAGUGGGUCUUGGAUACCACAGGCAUUGCGCUGGCCGAGGUGCUCUCCGUAGAGGGUGUGGACGCCACCUGCUCAUACUCCAAUUCGUUCAUCGAGGUUCUUGGCGUUCUCGGUAUCGAAGCCGCUCGCGCCGGUCUUUUGAAAGAAUUGUCCAACGUAUUGGAAUUCGACGGUUCGUACGUGAACCAUCGCCACAUGGCGAUCCUCGUCGAUAUCAUGACCCAGCGUGGUCUCCUGAUGGCCAUCACUCGCCACGGCAUCAAUCGCGGCGACACUGGCGCACUCAUGCGCUGUUCGUUCGAGGAAACGGUUGAGAUUCUCCUCGAAGCCGCUGGCUACGGCGAGCUCGAUGACUGCCGGGGUGUCUCUGAAAAUAUCAUGCUUGGUCAACUUGCACCGAUGGGAACAGGAGAGUUUGAGGUUGUAAUGGAUAGCCAGAUGUUGCUCACCAUGGUUGAGGAUAAUUCCCGCAUGCGCACCGGCGCCACCGGAAAUUACUAUGACACCGGUGCCGCCACUCCAUACGACCUUGGCUCUCCAACAUACGAAGGCGGCAUGAGCGGCCCAUCCUACAGUGCAGAAUUCUCGCCUCUGGCAGCCCCAGAAGGAAACUAUGGUGGCAUGAGCGAGUAUGCUCCGCAGUAUGGCGAUGGCGGCUUCAGCCCGUACGCCAAUACUCGCAGCCCUGGCAUGGCAGGUUCUAUGAGCCCCUUCAGCGGUGGCGCCAGCCCCAGCUCGCCUUCUUUCUCUCCAUCCUCGCCUCAGUACUCGCCCACGUCUCCCGGCAUGAGUAUGACCAGCCCCCGCUUCGGACCUACGUCUCCGGGCUACAAUCCCACAUCACCGUACUCGCCCACCUCCCCUCAAUUUUCGCCCACGUCACCUGGAGGUUUCUCUCCGACAUCUCCGAGCUACUCACCUACAUCACCGGGAUACUCGCCCACGUCUCCGCAGUGGAGUCCUACCUCGCCCGCACAAGCUGCUGCUCGAAGCGCCACCUCUCCGGGUGGUGGAUGGAGCCCUACAUCUCCACAGUACAGCCCAACGUCCCCCAUGUACAGCCCGACGAGCCCGCAGUUCAACAGCGGCGAUAGGCGCUCCCCUGCUUCACCCACGUCGCCUUCGUACAGCCCGACGAGCCCCAUGGGCCAGUACAGCCCGACAUCGCCUAAAUACUCUCCCACUUCCCCUACAUCUCCGCAGUACUCACCGACGUCGCCCAAGUACUCGCCGACGUAA